AUGGACGCCUUCACUCCCCAACAAACUGUGGGGCUGGCCAGUCGAAUUGGCACAAAACAAGCACACUUUCGACUCGACAAACUCUUCGACUCCAUGAUGGCCGGUCCUCUCCUCGGAUUCGGUUGCGCAGUCCUGCUCUCAACCAACACAGCCCCAUGGUACCAAGAGCACGCCCCAGGCCUAAUCCGCACAGCAGGCGCUCUCAUGUUCCCCAUCGGCCUCGUCAUGAUUGUCCUCACCGGUGCCGACCUCUUCACCUCCAACAUAAUGUUCAAGACAACCGCCUACCUGCACCAACACAUCCCUAUCCUCGACGUCUUGACCUCCUGGUUUGUUUCCUUCUUCGGCAGCCUCGCCAGAAUGCUCUUCUUCGGGAGCAUAAUCAUCGGCUACGGCGACGUGCUUUCCUCCGAAGACGUGGAGGUAGGGAGUAAGAUUAUGGCGAUCUGGUUUCCUACCGCGACGUUCGUGGGGUUGGCGCUGGAUCAUGUGGUUGCGAAUAUGUUCCUUAGUCUGGUUCUGGGGAAUAUGUUUGGUGGGGGGUUGUUUGUGGGCGCUGUUUAUUGGUAUUUGUAUCUCAGCGGGGAGGGGGAUGUUGGCGCGAGUUUUGAGGUGGGGACUGUGCAGAGUGCCAUUCGGGAAGCGAGAGGCCCAAUGGGAAGGGAGAGGGGCCUCAAGGGAAGUACUAUUAUUGGUGUGCCGAGUGGUCGCGAGGGCGAGGCAAAUGAGGACGAGCUGAAGAUUGCUAGUCUGAGUAGGGGAGGGAAAUGA